AUGGAAACUGUGGGACCUCUGGAGAAGAGCAGUGCUGGACACCGUUACAUACUAGCCCAGCGAUUCCAGGCCCAGUCGUUCACGCCGACUCCCGGCUACCACGGCCCCUGGGUGCAGCCGCGUAAGGUGCUUACCAGGUCCCGGGGCAGAACGUCUCCUCCUCCGGUGUUCGAGAUCCCCACGGAGAACCGAUUCGCCCCUCUCCGCGAGACGGGUCGCAAUGUUGCCAUCAUUGGCGACUCAAUCGUGCGCCACGUCCGCUCCACUUCCUCCAAAGGUAACAAAGUACGCACUUUUUGCUUCCCUGGUGCCCGAGUUAAGAAUAUUUCUGUCCAGAUACCUACUAUCCUGAGCGCUGCCGAGAGCCUCGGUGCCGUCGUCCUCCACGUGGGGACGAACGACACCGGGCUCCGGCAGACGGAGAUCCUGAAGAAGGACUUCAGGAGCCUGAUCGAGACGGUUCGACGCACCUCGCCCGCCACGCAGAUCAUCGUUUCUGGACCGCUUCCUACCCACCGCCGUGGAAAUGAAAGGUUCAGUAGACUUUUUGCUCUGAAUGAAUGGCUAUUAACAUGGUGUGAAGAACAGAAAUUGCUCUUUGCCAAUAACUGGAAUCUUUUCUGGGAGCGUCCUAGGCUUUUCCGCGCUGAUGGGCUGCACCCCAGUCGAGCUGGAGCUGAACUCCUGUCGGACAACAUCACCAGAAUACUUCGCUCUAUCUGACUAGCCCUCAGACUAUGCAGAGUCACUGAUUCGAUCCAAGACCAACGACGAGAUGAUCCCAAGGUUUCCAUAUCCUGGACCUGGCCGAAUCCUGAGCAGCUACUGCGAUGGUCAUGGAAGAGUGGAGAACAUGAGACUGAUUCCUGUGACGCUCCAGAGACAGACGAGUGUUCGCUGAGGCCAGCUUCCAGCCUCCGCCACUGAGACUGCAGCUCUGCACAAGACGUUUGGCCAGCGGAGAAAUUAAAAUGGUCGUGCCCAACUGAGCCUGGUUUCUCUCAAGGUUUUUUUUCUUCACUUCCGCCUUUAGUGAAGUUUUUUUUCCCUCUCCGCUGUCGCCACUGGCUUGCAUGGUUCGGGAUCUGUAGAGGUGCGCAUCGUUGGAUUUGCUCUUCAGUGUUUGGACUCUCAGUAGUGAUUAUUAAACCACACUGAACUGAGCUCAACUGAACUGAACUUAAACACUACAAACUGAAUUACACUGUUCCU